UCAGAUACACAUCAGAUUCGGUUUAACGCAGAACGGCUAGUAGACAAGCGCGAAAAUUAUUUAAGAUUUAUCCGUAUAAACUAUAAUUUUUAUCAAAAAAAUAAAGUUAAAAAUAAAGUUUUAGUUUCAAAAAUUGAAAAGCUCUAAUUAAAGCAAUUUUGAAACAUAUUUAGUACUAGUGUUCAAUAUGCGUGUUAAGUGCAGUGUUGCUUGGUUUUCAUUGGUACUUUUGUGCUUGACCGACGCCUUUCCGGAUGGUGCGCCCGCUGACACUUGCGUAAAACAACGUGCCAAUCAACCGAAUCACGGCAAAGCGCGCACUCAACCGGGACAUACGAAUCCCUACGAAGUUGUUGCCGAUUCUGAAAGUUUUCAUCCUGGACAACCGAUCUCAGUUUCGAUUUACCCCAACGAUCAGAAGUCCACCUUCCGCGGAUUCUUUCUGCAGGCGCGCGAUGCCAACUCCAAUGAAUGGAUUGGUGAAUGGAUACAAAGUGAGAAUACCAAAACUAUACCCGAGUGUUCGGCCAUAACGCAUUCGGACAAUCGCGACAAGUUGGGUGCGAAACUGUUUUGGAAGGCGCCACAAAAUAAACGGGGACGUGUUUACUUUACUGGCACCGUGUUAAAGGAGUAUGGAACAUUUUGGAGUGACAUCGUAGCAAAAGCGCAAGCAACGCAAUGAGAAAAUGGAAGCUGCGAGAGCUUAAAGCUUUCUUAUAUUUUUCGGCAGCAGAAUAUAAAAUUGUGAAUAAAAUAACUCAAAUUUGCUUUGUAACUGAAUCGUUUAUAUAUGUAUAUAUCUGGAUAAAUAAAAG